AUGUGCAUGGGAUCCCCUUGUGGCUCUGGGGGGAGCUGGGACGGGGAGACGGGCAGGGAGACGCUGCCAGAAGGGGACGGUGCCGCUGUCCCCGCAGCGAGCGGCAACGUGGACCCCCUUGACCCCGUCUACCUGCCCGCGGAGCUGGAGCUGCUCGACGUGCCCGAGUACUACCGGCUGCAGCGGGCGGACCGGGACCUGCCGGCCAACGCGUCGCUGCGCGCCCGCUCCGAGAGCUACCUGCUGCUGCGGCACGGCGCCGCGGCGCGGCCCCGCGUGCAGGCCACCUACGCGCCCUUCAGCGCCCGCCAGGCAGCGCCGGCGGAGAGCCCCCUCGGGCAGGACGUGUCCCCGGGCUGGUCCGUCCGCGCCGUGCCCGUCGAGAGCGCCGCGUCGCCCAGCCAGCCCUUCGCCCGCGUGCUCUUCCACCUGCAGGGCCCCGACUGGCUGCCGGGCGCGCGGGAGCUGCCCUGCGUCGCCCUGCACGUGCAGCACCGGGGCCGGGCCGUCCACGGGAGCUGCCGCAUGCAGGCACCGCUGGGCGUCUGCGUGGUGGAGCUGGAGAUGCCCCCGGCCUGGUUCUCGGAGCCCGCCGAGCCGGUGUCCGACGGCUGCGACGCGGUGUUCGUGGCGGGCAAGGAGAGCCGGGGCGCGCGCGGGGCCCGCGUGGACUUCUGGUUCCGGCGCUUCCACGCGGCGCUGCGCUUCACCGUGUGGGCGCCGCUGCUGCCGCUGCGCGUCGACCUGCGCGACACCACCCUGGAGCAAGUGCGCGGCUGGCGCCUGCCCGCCGACCCUGCCGACGGCGCCGCCGGCGAGGCGGAGGAGCCCGCGGAGGAGGCGGAGCGGCGCGCGCGGGGCUGCCGGCCCCAGUACCAGCGCACGGCCGUGCGCUUCCUGGCGCACUUCGUGGCGCACCCGCUCGACGGCGGGCGCCACCUCGCCUACCUGCCCGGCGCCCAGUGGCUCCUCGACGUCUCCCACCUGGUGGCCCCGCGCGCCCGCGUCGUGGACCCCCGGGUGGCGUCGCUGGAGGGGGGCACGGUGGUGGUCGGCCGCGAGCCUGGCGUGACCUCCGUGGAGGUCCGCUCGCCGCUCUCGGACGCCAUCCUGGGUGAGCAGAUGCUGGUGGUGUCGGAGGAGAAGGUGACGGUGACAGAGCUGCGGGCCCAGGUGGUGUCCGGGCUGUCCCUCACGGUGACGGCCGAGCCGGGGCACCCCGACGUCAUCGUGGCCGCCUGCCACGCCACGGCCGCGCUGCACGCGCCCAAGCGGGAGGCGACGCUCUCGGUCUGGCUGGCCUUCUCCGACCACACGCUGGCCCCUCUGGAGCUCUACGGCUGGCAGGAGGCCGUGGUGAGCGUGGCCUCGCCGGAGGCCGCCGUGGCCUCCGUGAAGCGCGUGGAGUUCGUCACCUUCGCGCCGCCGCCGGCGCCCGAGGAGCCGCCGCCCGCGCCCAACGUGCAGUCCAUCCUGGUGGCCAGCGAGGACGACAUCCGCUGGGUGUGCGAGGACAUGGGCCUCCGGGACCCCGAGGAGCUCAGGAGCUACAUGGAGAGGAUCCGCGGCAGCUCCUGA